UAUCUAAGGUCAGCAUAAAGAAGAUCAAAUCGGCGUUCAAGUGGACUGCAGUUCUACUCCUUCUCACUUACAUAGUCUGUUCACCAUUUCGAAAUUCAAACAAUAAUACUCGAGAAACUUCCUACAAACUAGUUCAAGCAUACAUUGACUCUGGAAUCAUCAAACCCUCGACAUUGCAUCACGAUUCUUGUGAUAGUAAAGGCGUGAUUCUGUUGAUAAUGGUCCCGAGUGCAGUAACUAAUUUUGAACAAAGACACGCCAUACGAAGUACUUGGGGUAACGUAUCCAGCGUACCAACCACUGUCCUUGUGAGAUUUCUACUUGGGAGAACUACCAAUACUACUCUCCAAGACAUCGCAGCUACUGAAAAUCAGUUAUAUAACGACAUUGUAUUCGAAGACAUAUUAGAAACCUAUGAAAACCUAACUCUGAAGUCCAUUGCUAUGCUUCGUUGGGCAUUACUACAUUGUCAUCAAAUACGCUAUUUGCUGAAGAUAGACGAUGACAUGUUUUUAAAUCUCCCGAGACUGCUAGAGACACUGACAAAAUAUCCUAAAGUGAAUUCAAUAGUUGGAUGUAAAGUCAGUAGAUCUGUCCCGUUCAGAUCGUCAUUAUCAAAAUGGAGUGUAUCCCGGGCGCUAUAUCCAGAUGAUUACUACCCGGACUACAUAGCAGGAACUGCUUAUCUUAUCAGCGGCGAUAUUAUACGGACUCUUUACCGUGCAACACAAAAAGUUCCGUAUUUCAUAUUUGAGGACGUGUAUAUUACCGGUCUAUGUAGGCGCUACAUAGGGGCGAUUGCCAAGGAUCACACUGGCUUUAGUGGAGGAUAUCGUGAUGAAGGGCCUUGUGGAAACAACUUUCGUUACAAAAUAACCGGUCACCACUACAGCCCCUCAGAAAUAAAAAGAAUGUGGCUGGAGCUGAAAGACAGGUGGUCCACUUGUCGAUUUCUAGAUCAAAAAAUCAUUUACAGACUAGUUGAUAUGUUCAAGUUCAUUUUUCUUUAAAGAAAAUAUAUAAUAUUCAGGUUUUGUGUGACAAUAGUGGAUUUUCUUGUUCUUUCAUGUUUGUAUGUAUUUUAUAUAUUAGUCACUAUUUUGUCAAUUUUUAGGCAUUGGCAUUCCAUGUUUAUCGUCGUCAACGUAAAUAAAAAGGUAUUACCUACCAAAAA